AUGAGCUACCCAGAGUCGAGGAUGAGCUACCCAGAGUCGAGGAUGAGCUACCCAGAGUCGAGGACGAGCUACCCAGAGUCGAGGACGAGCUACCCAGAGUCGAGGACGAGCUACCCAGAGUCGAGGAUGAGCUACCCAGAGUCGAGGACGAGCUAUCCAGAGUCGAGGAUGAGCUACCCAGAGUCGAGGACGAGCUACCCAGAAUCGAGGACGAGCUACCCAGAGUCGAGGACGAGCUACCCAGAGUCGAGGACGAGCUCCCCAGAGUCGAGGACGAGCUACCCAGAGUCGAGGACGAGCUACCCAGAGUCGAGGACGAGCUACCCAGAGUCGAGGACGAGCUACCCAGAGUCGAGGACGAGCUACCCAGAGUCGAGGACGAGCUACCCAGAGUCGAGGAGGAGCUACCCAGAGUCGAGGAGGAGCUACCCAGAGUCGAGGAGGAGCUACCCAGAGUCGAGGACGAGCUACCCAGAGUCGAGAACGAGCUCCCCUGAGUCGAGAACGAGCUCCCCAGAGUCGAGGACGAGCUCCCCAGAGUCGAGGACGAGCUCCCCAGAGUCGAGGAUCAGCUACCCAGAGUCGAGGAUGAGCUACCCAGAGUCGAGGACGAGCUACCCAGAGUCGAGGACGAGCUACCCAGAGUCGAGGAUAAGCUACCCAGAGUCGAGGAGGAGCUACCCAGAGUCGAGGACGACCUACCCAGAGUCGAGGACGAGCUACCCAGAGUCGAGGAUCAGCUCCCCAGAGUCGAGGACGAGCUCCCCAGAGUCGAGGAUCAGCUACCCAGAGUCGAGGAUAAGCUACCCAAAGUCGAGGACGAGCUACCCAUAG